AUGAGUGUCGUCUCUGCUCCUCAGCAUAUACUAAAACGAACAAAUACCGAAAGAUCAUUCACUUCAAAGGCCCGGCCGAGACUUUCUUUUGAAACAGAGCCAUUGGCUUCAGAGAGUCAUCUACCACCUCUAUCCGAAGAUGGACCGUCCACCAAUAGACCUGAAGCUGGCACUGCACAGGCAUCGGCUAAAGACAAGAAGAAGAGAGUUUCUUUCUUAAGUCGGAUAAUUGGAGGGAAGAAGAAGGGGCAGGUUUCGGAGGAAAACGAUGAUGUAUCAGAGCUUGGUGAGCCACGGACUACUGGCUUAGAUAGCGAGCUCUUUGCACACCCAGUAGGGUAUAUACCGCGGUAUCCGCCUCCGCCAAAAUAUAUCAAAGUCCGGGCGAAGCACACAAAAACAAGGGCAUUCGACAGAUUAUUUCUUGCUCAAGACCUUAAGGGAAGCCCAGCAGAGGCCGAGCUGGAUUCAGCCGAAUUCGAGGCGAGUGCAAAGGGCAAUAAGGCAGUGUGGGCGGCUGAAUUCUCUAAUAAUGGGAAAUACCUUGCUGUUGCUGGGCAAGACAAACGGGUUCGAGUAUGGGCUAUUAUCUCAAAGGCCGAGGAUAGACAUGCACACGAAACUGAGGAAGAAGCACGAAAUGACCAAACGGCUGUGAGGCUAAGUGCUCCAGUUUUUAAAACGCACCCCAUUCGGCUAUACGAAGGUCAUACUGCGAGUAUUGUUGAUUUAAGCUGGAGUAAGAAUGAUUUCCUACUUACUACUUCUAUGGACAAAACUGUGCGCCUCUGGCAUGUUACGCGGGAUGAAUGUCUAUGUUGUUUCAAACAUGGAGAUUUUGUCACGUCUAUUGAAUUUCACCCUCGUGAUGAUCGCUUUUUCCUAGCUGGCUCUUUGGACUGCAAGCUACGGUUAUGGAGCAUCCCCGACAAGGCCAUUGCGUAUAGUGUGACCAUCCCUGACAUGAUUACAGCAGUAGCCUUCACUCCAGACGGGAAAUACUCGUUGGCGGGGUGCCUCAAUGGGCUCUGUACAAUCUAUGAGACUGAUGGAUUGAAGCCAUUAUCACAGCUCCACGUUCGGUCUGCUCGUGGGAAAAAUGCCAAAGGGAGCAAGAUCACGGGUAUAGAUACAAUUGUUCAACCGCCCACUAACGAAAAUGGGUCUGUGAAACUCCUUAUUACUAGUAACGACUCGCGAAUACGCCUUUAUAAUUUCAAAGACAGGACUUUGGAAGCCAAAUUCCGUGGAAAUGAGAAUGCGUCCAGCCAGAUUCGUGCGAGUUUUAGCAGUGACGGGAAGUAUGCCAUCUGUGGAAGCGAGGAUGGCCGGGUUUACAUUUGGCCCCUGGAUUCAACUGAGAAAUACCCCGACAAGAGGCCAAUUGAAUUUUUCGACGCUCACAACUCAAUCGCGACUAUUGCCAUCAUGGCACCUACUGUUAGCAAAAUGCUACUAGGAUCUACUGGUGACUUACUAUAUGACCUAUGUAACCCCCCUCCCGUUACCUUGGUCAGCGCUACGGCGUCAGUUAUCUCGAGGGAUCAGGCACGCAACGAUGAGGAACCUGUACCACCGCGGACACCGCAAUCCCUUCAACCGCCCAGCCAGCAAAAAGCGGAGGAAUCCCCGGCAUACGUUGCACGGUCUGCACAUCCUGGUGGCAACAUCAUUGUGACUGCUGAUUACCUUGGGAAGAUCAAGAUUUUUCGGCAGGAUUGUGGCUAUCACAAACGUCGACACGAACUCUGGGAGACGAAUUCAACUUUCUCUAGGAAGCUUUUAGGUCGCACAAACUCAGUAUCUACUCGACACAGUGUAGCAUCUUCAAUUGGAAGGGAAUCGAAAACCCCUUCGGAGCGAAUCUUAUCGUGGCGUAACUCUGUGAUUGGCGGCCCUGACAAUCGCAGCGUUGAUAAUCUCCGUGGAACGCCUGAACCUGCCGGACGCAGCGGUUCUCCUUCCAAGCCACGUAAGGACAGCCCCUUCGUGGACACAAAUAAGCCCGCCACUCCCAACUCAACAAGUUCGCAACGGUUUGGUGCUACAACCCUCGUUCACCAUAACAACCAGCCCACACCGCCCCCUAGGUUCCUCAGCACCGUUAACUCCGAAGAAUCCACCACAUUUGGGCCCAAUGAUGAAACGCCUCGGCCGUUUGGGCAUAACUCAAACAAGGAGGACCCGAGCUAUAUAUCAUGGAAUAAAGCGCAAGCUGACACACAGCAUGACUCUGCACAGGACACGUAUGGUGGAAAGAGUGCAUUGGUCAGUAAUGGCACUACAGGCGAUGAUAAUGUCGAGUAUGAAGAAGAAUUGGGAUGCUCUCAGUGCCAGGGCAAAAAUUUCAGAGCUACCCGUCUUAAAAAUGGGGAGCAGAGGUUGAUAUGCACACAAUGUGGCUGUGCUGCCUUAUAA